AUGGAUAUUUCAAAUAACCAAAGUUCUGGAAAUGACAACAUGACUCCUAAUACUGGAUCUUCAAAUCCUCCUACCGAAACCUCCACACCCACAUCCUCAUUACGUGCCAAAACUGAUCCAGCAUGGGCACAUAUUGCGUACAAAAAAGAAGGAACACAAAAUAUAUAUACGUGUCUUUUUUGUACUAAUAGUUAUAGAGGAGGUGGGAUAAAUAGGAUGAAGCAACAUCUUGCUGGCACUGUUGGUCAAAUAGCUGCUUGUAAAAAAGUUCCACAUGAUGUACGUUAUAGAAUGGCAGAGUCUUUAAAAGAAGGGUCAAAGAAGAAAACUAUUGAAAACAUAGAAGAGGAAGUCGAAGAAACUCAUGUUGAAUCACCAAAUGUCACAAGUAGUGUGAGGAAGAGGAAAGCUUCUGGGAGCAUAGACAAUUUUUUUGCUCCUAGGACAACUCCUGAUUCCCAACCUGGCAUUAAGAGUGCAUUAGCAACUAAAGAAGCAAAGCAUAAUGUGAAAAUGUUGAUUGCUGAAUGGGCUAUUGUAAACUGCAUUCCGUUUAAGGCGUUUGAUUGUCCUUUAUUUCAAAAGGCUGUGGAUGGCAUUGCUUCAAUAGGGCCUGGGUUUAAAGCUCCUAGUGCUUAUGAUUUUAAAACUAACUUGUUGAGUGACUGGAGAAAAGAAUGUCAAUUACUCAUUGAUAGCCAUCGUGCUAAAUGGAAAAACAAUGGUUGCACACUCAUGGCUGAUGGAUGGACUGAUGUUAGACAGCGUACCUUGAUAAACUUCUUAGUGUAUUCUACACAUGGUAUGGUAUUUGUGAAGUCUGUUGAUGCAUCAGAUCUAGUUAAAGAUGCCAAAACUCUAUUCACACUAUUUUGUGAAGUCAUUGAGUGGAUUGGUCCGAAAAAUAUUGUUCAUGUGGUGACUGACAAUGCAGCUAACUAUGUAGCAUGUGGUAGAUUGAUUAAAGAGAAGUAUAAAAGUAUUUAUUGGUCACCUUGUGCUGCACAUUGUUUGAAUCUUGUAUUGAAAGACUUUUCAAGCAUGCCUCAUGUGUCAGACCUCGCAUCAAAGGCAUCAAAGAUAACUGUAUUUGCAUAUAAUCAUAUGGUUUUCUUAUCGUGGUUGAGGAGAAGACCAACUUGGAAAGAAAUUGUGCGUCCUGGUGCCACGAGGUUUGCUACCACAUUUAUUACAUUGCACAGCAUAUAUAUGCACAAGAAUGACUUGCAAGCUUUAGUUGUUGAUUAA